AUGUCGGAACAGACUCAUACCAACUCUCAAGGCGAGAAGCAGACCAAGCGCGGCCUCUUUGGUCACAAGAAGGACAAGGACGUGCCCUCGUCUCAGGAUGAAAACGAGAAGGGCGAGGAUGUCGCCGUUACCACUAGCACGCCCUUCGAGCAGAUUCCUCCAGUCGGAUUCUUCUCCAUGUUCAGAUAUGCGACCAUGUUUGAGAAGUCCAUCAACGUCAUUGGCAUCUUCAAUGCGAUUCUCGCCGGUGCUGCUCAGCCCCUGAUGAGUUUGCUCUUUGGACGACUCACUCAAGACUUUGUGGGCUUCGGGACGGACUUGGCCUUAGCUCAGGCCGCGAUGCAGUCAGGAAACCAAACGGCUAUACAAGAGACUGAACAGGUACUUAGUGUGGCCGCGGCUGGGUUCCGUCAUUCGGCAGCGCUUAAUGCGUCGUACUUGGUUUACAUCGGUGUUGGCAUGUUCGUCUGCACGUACGCAUACAUGUAUAUCUGGGUCUACACAGGAGAGGUAAACGCCAAACGUAUUCGUGAGCGCUACCUCCAAGCUGUCCUGCGGCAAGAUAUCGCGUACUUCGACAAUGUUGGUGCUGGUGAAGUUGCGACGCGAAUUCAGACGGAUACCCACUUGGUCCAGCAAGGUACAUCCGAAAAGGUCGCGCUCGUGGCUCAGUUGUUCGCUGCCUUCAUCACCGGUUUCGUUCUCGCGUAUGCGCGCAACUGGCGUCUGGCACUUGCUAUGACGUCGAUCCUUCCAUGCGUCGCUAUCGCCGGGGGCAUCAUGAACAAAUUCGUCUCACGGUACAUGCAGUAUUCGCUCAGGCACGUCGCUGAGGGUGGCACGCUCGCUGAGGAGGUCAUUUCGACGGUCCGCACCGCACAGGCAUUCGGUGUUCAGAAGACCAUGGCGUCGCUUUACGAUAUUCAUAUUGAGGGCUCCCGCAAAGUUGACUCAAAGGCGGCCAUCUUCCAUGGCAUCGGCCUUGGUUUCUUCUUUUUCAUCAUUUACUCCUCUUACGCGUUGGCGUUCGAUUUCGGUACAACGCUGAUUAACGACGGCCAUGCCAAUGCCGGUCAGGUUCUCAAUGUCUUCUUUGCUAUCCUCAUCGGUUCUAUUUCACUGGCUAUGUUAGCUCCUGAGAUGCAAGCUAUUACUCAGGGUCGUGGUGCCGCCGCAAAGCUGUUUGCGACCAUUGAACGAGUACCUAGCAUUGACUCCUCUAACCCAAGCGGUCUCAAGCCUGAGAAGGUUAUCGGCGAAAUCACUUUUGAGGGCGUCAAAUUCAACUAUCCCUCUCGUCCUGACGUCCCGAUUGUGAAAGGCUUGGACAUCAGCUUCGCUGCUGGCAAGACUGCCGCUCUCGUCGGUGCAUCCGGCUCUGGCAAGUCGACGAUUGUUUCGCUCAUCGAACGUUUCUACGACCCACUAUCUGGUGUUGUCAAAAUGGACGGCGUCAACGUGAAAGACCUUAACCUCAAGUGGCUCCGUUCGCAGAUUGGUCUUGUGUCACAGGAACCCACGCUUUUUGCGACCACCAUCUACGGCAAUGUCGCACACGGUCUCAUCAACACUCCCUGGGAGCAUGCCUCGCCUGAUGAACAAUUCAAGCUCAUCAAGGAGGCGUGUAUCAAGGCCAAUGCUGAUGGUUUCAUUACCAAGCUGCCCAAUGGCUACGACACCAUGGUCGGCGAGCGUGGUUUCCUCCUGUCUGGUGGCCAGAAGCAACGUGUCGCCAUAGCUCGUGCUAUCGUCUCCGACCCUCGUAUUCUCUUGCUCGAUGAGGCGACGAGUGCUCUCGACACGCAGAGCGAGGGAAUUGUGCAGGAUGCUCUCGACAAGGCUGCGGCUGGACGCACGACGGUCACGAUUGCGCAUCGUCUAUCGACGAUCAAGAACGCGGAUCAAAUUUUCGUGAUGGGUGAGGGUCUUGUUCUUGAGCAGGGCACGCACGAUCAGCUCCUGGCCAACGAGGGCGGAGCCUACUCCAAGCUUGUGCAGGCACAGAAGCUCCGGGAGAGUCGCGAGCAGGAUGCCACCACCACUCCGGAAGAUGAAGACACAAUUCCAGGGUCAGCCGUGAGCAAGGAUAUGGAGAAGGAGGCAGAACAGGAGAUCCCUCUUGGCCGCCAAAACACGAAGCAAUCUCUCGCUAGCGAGAUUGUGAAGCAACGGAAUGAAGAGAAGGCGAUGUAUGAUAUCAAUGAGGACGAUUAUAGCAUGCCGUACUUGUUCAAGCGCAUUGCCCUUCUGAACAAGGCCAGUCUGCCAAGGUAUGCUAUUGGGGCUUUCUUUGCGAUGAUGACUGGAAUGGUCUUCCCUGCCCUCGGUAUCGUCUUCGGUAAAGGUAUCGCUGGCUUCUCCGACCCGUCGAAUCAGCAAAGACGCCACGACGGCGACCGGAAUGCCCUCUGGUUCUUCCUGAUUGCCAUCGUCUCCUCCUUCGCAGUUGCAGCGCAAAAUUUCAACUUUGCCGCCUCUGCUGCCAUCAUCACUGCCAAACUCCGCUCGCUCACUUUCAAAGCAGUUCUGCGCCAGGACGUCGAGUAUUUCGAUCGGGAUGAAAACGCCACCGGCGUUCUCACCGCGAAUUUGAGCGACAAUCCGCAGAAGAUCAAUGGUCUUGCCGGCAUCACUCUGGGCACGAUCGUGCAAUCGUUAACAACCAUUGUUGGUGGUUCCGUCAUUGGUUUGGCCUACGCAUGGAAGCCCGCCCUCGUCGGUAUUGCCUGCAUUCCCGCCGUUGUCUUCGCUGGAUACAUUCGUCUCCGCGUUGUCGUCCUGAAGGAUCAAGUCAACAAGGCCGCCCACGAGAGUUCUGCUCAGAUGGCUUGCGAAGCCGCCGGCUCCAUUCGUACCGUUGCCUCCCUCACCCGUGAGGACGACUGCGUCCGUCUGUAUAGCGAGUCGCUUGAUGGUCCCCUCCGCCAAUCCAACCGCACGGCCCUCUGGAGCAAUCUUAUGUUCUCCCUGUCUCAGUCUAUGGGCAUGUUUGUCAUCGCGCUUGUCUUCUGGUACGGCUCGACGCUCGUCUCGCGCCUUGAGAUGCCCACGAACGCGUUCUUCGUUGUCCUCAUGAGUACGACGUUCGGUGCCAUCCAAGCCGGAAACGUUUUCUCGUUCGUGCCGGAUAUGUCGUCAGCGCGCAGCGCGGCAGCCUCGAUCAUCAAGCUCCUCGACUCAGUGCCCGACAUUGAUGCGGAAUCCCCAGAGGGCAAGGUUCUCACUCCGGGUGAAGUCAAGGGCCACAUCCAGUUCGAAAACGUGCACUUCCGCUACCCUACACGCCCUGGCGUUCGUGUCCUCCGCGACUUGUCCCUGACCGUCGAGCCUGGCACCUAUGUCGCGCUCGUUGGUGCCAGUGGAUGUGGGAAGAGUACGACGAUCCAGCUCAUCGAGCGCUUCUACGACCCCUUGACUGGUCGCGUCCUGAUUGACGGAAACCCGAUUAAUGAGCUCAAUAUUCAGGAGUACCGCAAGCACAUCGCCCUUGUGUCGCAGGAGCCUACGCUGUACGCUGGUACCAUCCGCUUCAAUAUUCUGCUCGGUGCCACGAAGCCCAGGGAGGAGGUCACCCAGGAGGACCUUGAGGCCGUCUGUCGCAAUGCCAACAUCCUCGACUUCAUUCAAUCGUUGCCCAACGGUUUUGACACUGAAGUCGGUGGCAAGGGCUCUCAACUAUCCGGCGGUCAGAAGCAGCGCAUCGCCAUCGCUCGUGCUCUCCUCCGCAACCCCAAGGUCCUCCUCCUUGACGAAGCUACCUCGGCUCUCGACUCCAACUCGGAGAAGGUUGUCCAGGAAGCCCUCGAUCAGGCUGCUCGCGGACGGACAACGAUCGCCAUUGCUCACCGUUUAUCGACGAUCCAGAACGCGGACUGUAUCUACUUCAUCAAGGAAGGUCGCGUCAGCGAAGCGGGCACGCACGAUGAACUUCUCUCGAUGCGCGGCGACUACUAUGAGUACGUGCAGCUUCAGGCCCUCAGCAAAAAAUAA